AUGUCACCGGUUUCAUUGCCUCCCGGGUUUCGAUUUCACCCGACCGAUGAGGAGCUCGUGGCUUAUUACCUAAAACGAAAGAUCAACGGCCGGAAAAUAGACCUUGAAAUCAUCCCAGAAGUUGAUCUCUACAAGUGUGAGCCAUGGGAUCUUCCAGGAAAAUCAUUAUUUCCGAGCAAGGAUCUCGAAUGGUAUUUCUUCAGCCCCCGUGACCGAAAGUACCCAAACGGGUCUAGGACAAACCGGGCCACAAAAGCCGGAUAUUGGAAGGCCACCGGCAAGGACAGGAAAGUAAAUUCACAAAUGAGGGCCGUUGGCAUGAAGAAAACCCUAGUUUACUACCGUGGGAGAGCCCCUCAUGGAGCUCGAACCGAUUGGGUCAUGCACGAGUACCGUUUAGACGAAAGAGAAUGUGAAAUUCCCACUGGCUUGCAGGACGCUUAUGCCCUUUGCCGCGUGUUCAAGAAGAGUUUGAACGUCCCGAAAAUUGGAGAUCACUACAAUAUUGCCUCGGCCAGCGACCGGUCGUCGAGCAUAGACAUACAUUGUGAAGGAAAUUAUGAAAAUGACCUAAUCGAUAGUUCUGAAUAUCCAACGCCGACGAACACAAUUCCCACUUGCAUUAACAUAACCGGCUCAUCAUCAAACGAUGCGACAUGGUCACAAUACUUAUCCGAAGAUGAAUUUACCUUCACCAAUAAUAAUAAUAAUCCUUACUCCAAUCCCGGCCCGGCUAUACUGUAUCCACCAUCAAAGGUUGACAUAGCAUUAGAAUGUGCAAGGUUGCAACAUAGGUUUUCUCUGCCUCCAUUGCAAGUUGAGGACUAUUCACAGGCUGCUAAUUUUGCUAACGACAUUCCGAAUAUUGUGUCGAGUUCGAGUCCUUUCCAUGGAAACAUUACGAAUCAUCAACAGCCCGAUAUUGUGAAUGAAAUUCUUUCAGUUGCUCAAGCUUCUCAAGAUCUUCAAAACGACGAGGCCGCUGGAAUUUACGCGCCAGUCGAUGAUUUUUCGUUUCUUCUUCAUAGUAACCCGGCGACACCUGGCAAUGUGGGUUCAUACCAAUACAUUGAAAUUUGUGAUGGUGAUGAAAUUUUCCAGGCUGGGAGAAUGAGUGAGAAUUUGAGAUGGAUUGGUACGUCUAACAAUGAACUUGAAAAGGCCUUUUCAGAUGAUUUUAAGACAGUCCCUAUAGAGAAUUUCUCCAAUAUUGCACAAAGAGAAUAUCAUGAAUUUGAAGGAGAAACAAGCAACAACCCCAACUUCAAUAAUGUCUUGACAAACAAUAUUGAUCAAACAACAAACGAUCACGAUGAUUUUUUGAACGACAAAGAUAUCGACGAUUUUUCGAGCGCCCCGUGCUUUGAAGUGUACGAGAAAGUAGAAAUCAAUCACGGGUUGCUUGUUUCGACCCGGCAAGUGCCCAAUACAUUUUACCACAAAGUCGUGCCGUCUAGGACAGUCCGAGUCCACGUAAACCCCACAAUAGUGAAAUCGAAGUUUUCAAGAAGCAUGGAGAGGUUCAUGAGCUUGAAGAGUACGAAGUUUGAUGAUGAUCAUAAGGUGAGGGACUUUGAUCAUGGAAUUAAAAGUUCAAAGGGGAGCUUAUUGUUAUGUGGUGAAGUUAGCAAUAUGAAGUGUUAUUUGACAUUUGCUUUGGCUUUAUGUGCCAUUUGGAUUCGAAUUGUGACACCUUUUUCUUGA